AUUACCUUGGACUUGGACACUCUGUAGAAUAAAGUUCAAAAAUAAUUGAAGUUAUUUUUAAUAUAGUUUUAAUUCUAGUUUUUAAUUAUGGGUUCUGAAAAUGUAAGUCCUGUUAAAUAUUUCCUCAGUGGAGGAUUUGGUGGAAUAUGUACAGUGGUUGCUGGCCAUCCCCUUGAUACUAUUAAAGUACGUCUUCAAACUAUGCCACUUGCUGGACCGAACGAAAAGCCUCUGUACACAGGUACAUUUGAUUGCGCUAGAAAAACUGUAACAAAAGAAGGAAUACGUGGUUUAUACAAGGGUAUGGGAGCGCCAUUAGUUGGAGUGGCACCUAUAUUUGCUAUGAGUUUUUUGGGUUAUGGUGUUGGGAAAAAAUUACAACAGAAGAGUCCAGAUGAUAAACUGACCAUACCACAAUUAUUUUAUGCCGGUGCAUUUAGUGGAAUAUUUACAACUGUUAUCAUGGCACCUGGUGAACGGAUAAAGUGUCUUUUACAAAUACAACAUGCAGAUGCAGAGAAGAAAUAUAAAGGACCCCUUGAUUGUGCCAAACAACUUUAUCGAGAAGGAGGCCUUAGGAGUAUUUAUAAGGGUACAUGUGCUACCCUUUUGAGAGAUGUUCCUGCAAGCGGAAUGUAUUUUAUGACAUAUGAAACUCUACAAAGGUGGUUGACACCGGAGGGAGGAAAACUAGGUUUACUAUCAACUAUAUUAGCAGGUGGUUUUGCCGGUGUUGCCAAUUGGGUAGUUGGUAUUCCACCAGAUGUUUUAAAAAGUCGAUUGCAAGCAGCACCCGAAGGCACGUAUACAAAAGGUAUUCGCGAGGUGUUCGCGCGUUUGUUAAAAGAGGAAGGACCGAGAGCACUUUAUAAAGGGUGCACACCCGUUAUGUUACGUGCUUUUCCCGCAAAUGCGGCAUGUUUUCUAGGAUUUGAAGCAGCUAUGAAUGUUUUAAAUUGGGUGGCACCCAAUUUAUAAGAUUCGAUAUAUAAUUUUUAUACAAAAUUAUGCAAUCUCAUAAGCAGUACUAACAAAGUUAACAAAUUAAACUUGUCUCAUUUGUUGAACGAUUAUUGUUACUAUAGUAGUGUAACUUUUAAGUAUAUGGUUUAAUUGAAAUGUUGCACUUUUAAAAAAACUAUUUCUUUUUUUGUAUAUUAAAUGUUUAUAAUGGUUUUCAAGAUAUAUAUAUUACUAUUUAACAAAGAAAAAUCUUUCACGAAAAUUAAAUAAUAUCGUAGUUUAUAAAAGAAACAUAACAUAUCAAUGAGAUAAUAUUAAGGAUAUAAAUCUUUUCUAUCUACAACACUGCCAUAUAUAUAUUAUAAGAUAACAAACUAUUAAUCCUAUAUUUUUUGAGUAAACGGUAAAAAAGUUAAAUUCAUUUUUGUAUGUAAGAAUGUAUAUUUGUAUAAUAAUUUGUUAAAUCAAUAUUUUGCCGAAGAAAAUAAUUUGAUCCUUAGAUGAACAUGUUUUCUUUUAAUUUAAAAGAAACAAGAAAUAGAGAUUAAUAUAAUCUUUGAUAUAUAUAUAUUAAUAAAGUAAACAUAUCAAUUAUUUAGGUUUUAGAUAUUAUAAUCUAUUUUUAUAGAAAAGAUAUAUAGUACAAAGUGUUAUUUAUAAACUUUGUUAUUUAAAAUAGUAAUGUAUUGUACUGCUUUGUUUCAUAUAUGUAUAUAUCUUUAUAUACACAGAUUUGUAAUUAAAUUUAAUAUUAUAAAGCUCUAUUUUGUUUAUUUCAUAUAUUAAGAUGAUUGUUAAUUGUUUACAAUAUAUACAACUAAAGUAAUUUACUACAAUAUAUCAUAUGAUCUUAAAAUAUUAAAUAAAAUAAGAGAUAAAA